CGAUCCCGGAGCUCAUCAUCCAUCGCUAGGAGGAGGAGGAGGAGGAGGAGGGAGUUGGUCGGGAGGAAGGGGGAGGAGCGAACGAGUUUGUUGGUUGGGGAUGGAGAGCCCGCGGAGCCCGGAGGCGGAGAUCGGGCACAGGGUGGAGGACCUGUGGGAGGUGGCGGAGCCGCAGCUGUCGCCGUCCGAGAAGCUCAACUCCUGCUUCGAGGACAUCGCCGUCGCCUCCUUCCCGCGCGCGCGCGCCUUCCAAGUAAUCGAGAUACCUUCAAAUGCUAGCCUUGCUGAUACUGUGGAAAUAUUGUCCAAAAACAAAAUUUUGAGUGCACCCAUAAGAAACGUUGAUGCUCCAGAAGAUGCUAGUUGGAUUGACAAAUACAUUGGUAUUGUGGAAUUUGCAGGCAUUGCUAUUUGGCUGCUCUGCCAGUCUGAGGCUGCAGCUAAUGGCACGAACGGAUCUGCAGCAGGGUCACCGGUAGCCAAUCUAGUAUCUAGGCUGGGCUCUUUUACAUUCAGGAGAACAUCAUCUGGCAGGGUAGAAACCACCACUGAUCCAGAAUCAGAUGAAACCACGGCAGUUGGUGGAAGCUUUUUUGAAACCCUCACUUCCUCCGAAUUCUAUAAGAACACAAAGGUUGGCGAUAUCUCAGGAAGCUUCCGAUGGGCACCAUUUCUGGCAUUGCAGACCUCCGACACAUUUCUCACCAUGUUGCUGCUUCUGUCCAAGUACAGGAUGAAGAGCCUCCCAGUAGUAGACAUGGGGGGAGAUAAGAUUGAGAACAUCAUUACACAAUCUUCCGUUGUGCACAUGCUUGCAGAGUGUGUUGGACUUCCUUGGUUUGAGAGCUGGGGAACUAAGAAACUCUCAGAGCUUGGGCUUCCUCUUAUGAAGCCACAGAAACUUGUUAAGGUAAAUGAAGACCAACCUGUGUUAAAAGCCUUCCAACUGAUGAGGGAAAAAGGUGUUGGUGGCCUCCCGGUUAUGGACACAAGUGGCACAAAAGCAAUCGGUAAUAUCAGCAUCAGAGAUGUCCAAUAUCUUCUAACUGCCCCCAACAUAUACAAAGAUUACAGGACAAUCACGGCCAAGGAUUUCCUUACCGCGGUCCGGCAACAUCUCCACGAGCAACACGAGGCCUCACCCUUACUGGGCUCUGUCAUCACAUGCAAAAGGGACGACGCGAUCAAGGACAUCAUACUGAAGCUGGACUCAGAGAAGAUCCACAGGAUCUAUGUGGUGGAUGACAAGGGGAGCACCGAGGGAGUCAUCACACUGAGGGACAUAAUCUCCAAGCUGGUGCACGAGCCACGCCAUUACUUUGGGGAUUUCUUUGAUGGUGUUGUUCCCCUGCCUCCAAACAGCACUGUAUGACGCAUCUGUACUCUUCUUUGUAUAAAUGUACUUUAUGUGAUGUCUCCCUUUCCAUCUUAUGGACCUAAUGGAUGGCGAUGGUGUACAGUUUGUUUGCCCCUGUAGUUCUUUUCUCAUAACGAACAACUAAUGGACUAAUGGAUGGCAACGGUGUACAUUGAAUAACUUGAAGAGAAUAUGAGCUCCCUGCUGUGUGUUUUUACCAUUUUCUGACCAGAAUUUGGUCUCUUCCUUCUAGUGGACAAUUGCUCC